AAACAUAAUCAUUUUUAAUUGUCAUUCCAACCUACAUGAAGCAACUGUUUGUGCAAUCACUGCAUUACACCCGCCUAAUCGAGUCCAAAUCGCACGCGCUAAACUGCUAGUAGAUUUGCAGACCGUGAAAAACAACUCCGAAUCCUAAUUCCCUCAACUAUACGCACAAGAGCAGAGCCAAAAAGAACCAGCUCGAGAUCUAACUUGUUCGAACCGUCUGUGUCUGAUUUCUUUGUUCUUUUAUGGCGGAAAACUCUAAAUUGCGCGUUCGAACGGCGGUGUUGUCUCUAAUCCUGUUAUGUUCAACCUUUAGUAAUCUUAAUCUAGUACCUGUAGCAGAAGCUCUAUGGUUAUCGAUUCCUAGUUCGGGAACCAAGUGUGUUUCGGAGGAGAUCCAGAACAACGUUGUCGUUCUCGCUGAUUAUUAUGUUAUUAACGAGGAUCGGCCAGAACACACCCCAAAUGUCUCUGCUCGGGUGACAUCUCCAUAUGGGAACAAUCUUCACCACAAUGAAAAUGUAACUCAUGGUCAGUUUGCAUUUACAACAUCAGAGGCUGGUAACUACAUGGCAUGUUUCUGGUUGGAUAGCCAUCAGCAACAAGCUGGAACAACAACUUUGAGCCUUGACUGGAGAAUUGGAAUUGCUGCGAAGGACUGGGAAUCAGUAGCAAGGAAAGAAAAAAUUGAGGGCGUUGAACUUGACCUAAGGAGACUUGAAGGAACAGUUCAAUCGAUUCACAAUAAUCUAAUCUAUCUCAGGGAAAGGGAAGCAGAGAUGAGGGAAGUCAGUGAAAGAACUAAUGCCAGAGUGGCGUGGUUGAGCAUCAUGUCUCUUGGUGUCUGCAUCGUGGUUUCAGUUUUCCAGCUGUGGCAUUUGAAGAACUACUUCCAAAAGAAGAAGCUUAUAUAGAUCUUAUUCUGUAUUUGUCAUUGUUAGAAAACUGUGUUCAAUGGUUGUACCAUGUUGUAUAACUUCCUCCGGAUUUUUCUUCCUACUUAAGGUGGGCAUUGUCAGUGCCAUCUUAGGUGGUCAGAAAAGAGGAAAAAUGAUAAAAAAGAUAGUUAAAAUACUGAGAUUCCAGAAAACAAUACCUUUGACUGAAAUUGGUUUUAGAAAAUGAUCGUUAUGAACUAGGAAGGUAUUUUCA